AUGGCCUCAAGCUCCAACGGCGAUGAGGCCCUCAAAGCUUACCACCUGCCCCACCCCCUACCGGCCUGGGUCAACCCGGCCUAUGCCAAGCACAUCGUCAAGGGCAACUUCAUGACACUCAGCGCCCGGCCCAAGACGGUCGAGCAGGGCGAGUGGAUUGCCCACCAGUGCGUAGAGCACUACCGCAACCUGUGGCACUUUGUCCGUGUCAUAUACGAGAAGGAGGAGAACGGCUCCAACAUCUGCAACGCCACCACGUGCCCCAAGAUGACUGCCGGCCCCAACCACUCGUACACAUGGCUAAACAGCCGCUACGAGCCCAUCGAGCUGCCCGCCUUCGAGUACAUGACCCUCAUGCAGCGGUGGAUAUCGGGCAAGAUCGACAACACAAAGGUGUUCCCCACGGACCCGGCGGGCGUGUCGUAUGCGCUGAACCCGGCCCUGGGCUCGUCCCCCUCGCUGUCCAGCAUCAGCGGCGACGGCGAGGACUGGGUGGGCCGCCGCAGCGGGUUCCCCAAGGAGUUCCUGUCCAUCUGCCAGACCAUCUUCCUGCAGAUGUUCCGCGUCUACGCCCACCUGUACCACGCCCACUUCAUCGAGCCCUUCUACCACCUCAACCUGGAGAAGCAGCUUAACAGCUGCUUCUCCCACUUCCUGCUGACCGCCACCAACCUCGACCUCCUGCGGCCCCACGAGCUCGAGCCCGUGCAGCCCCUCAUCGACCUCUGGGCCGCCAACGGCACCUUCCCGCCCGAGUCCAAGGCCUACCAGAUGGCGAACCUGGCCGCGGGUCAGACCCUGCUGGCCAAGGCUGGUGUUCAGCCAUAA